AUACUAAAGUCGAGUAGAGUCAAAAUUUUCCAGAGUUCACAAUGCUGAAGACGGUCGUGUUUUUAGUAAAUUUGUAUUUCGUUUUUGGUACGCCGUUCUGGCCUUCCCUCAAAGCCACCACUUGUCAAUCUGGUUGUCAUGAUUUAGUUGACGGGAAAGUGAACGUACAUUUCGUACCACAUUCACAUGAUGACGUCGGGUGGUUGAAAACGUACGACCAGUACUACAAUGGAACUGGACAAUUCGAUUCCAUUGACCAUGCUGGCGUUAAGUACAUCCUCGACUCCACCAUUCAAGAACUCAACAAGAAUAAAGACAGAAGAUUCAUCCAAGUCGAAACCGCGUUUUUCUUCAAGUGGUGGAACGACCAAGACCAAGAAACCCGAGACCUUGUCAAAACUUUGGUCAACGAAGGUCGGCUAGAAAUGAUCAACGGUGGUUGGUCCAUGAACGACGAAGCGGCUGCCCAUUAUCACUCCAUCAUCGACCAGUUCACUUGGGGUUUCCGAAUUUUGGAAGAAACUGUUGGUGAGUGCGGAAGACCCAAAAUCGGUUGGCAAAUCGACCCAUUUGGACACAGUCGGGAGCACGCUUCCAUCAUCAAACAGCUCGGCUUCGAUGGUCUAGUGGUCGGUCGUCUUGACUACCGAGACAAAGCGAAAAGAAUCGAAGAGAAAAAUUUGGACUUCAUUUGGAACACCAACGACAACUUCGAGGAAGAAGAUGCGAAAAUUUUCACCACCAUGUUCCCGGAUUUUUAUGUCUACGAAACGGGAUUUUGCUUUGAUGUUUAUUGUCACGAUCAGAACAUCACUGAUGACAAUUUGGAAGAAAGGGUGAAGACGUACAAAGUCAUCCUCGACAAAUACAAGGAGUAUUACAAAACCCACAACAUUCUUAUUCCCAUGGGACAUGACUUCAGUUACCAAAAAGCUGACAAGAACUUCAACAACCUUGACAAACUUAUAGAAGGAUUCAAGGAUGACGACACCUACAACGUGAUUUAUUCAACACCGUCGUGCUACAUUCAAGCUGUCAAAGACGAAGUUGAGAAAAAUAAAAUCGAGUUGACUGUCAAAACAGACGACUUUUUCCCCUAUGCUUCCGACGUUCACUCCUUCUGGACUGGUUACUUUUCGUCUAGACCUACAUCCAAACGUUUCGAACGAGUAGGCAACAACAUCCUUCAGAGUGCCAAACAGUUGACAACUUUCUCCAGAAUCAAGGGUAACGACGACGAUGUAAGCAUCAACAAACUGAGAAUGGCAAUGGGUGUUUUGCAACACCACGAUGCUAUUACUGGUACUGAGAAACAAGCAGUAACGGAUGACUACACUUUCAUGCUUGACGAAGCAAUUAAAGAAAUUGAGAAACCCGUAAGCAGCAUCGUCAGUGGUCUUCUAGUUAAAGACGAUAGUGCUAGUGUUGAUCUAAAUCUUGUCAAUUGUCUGCGGGCAAACAUGAGCAUUUGUGAUAACAGCAAAAAAGAUCGUUUCGUCGUUGCUAUCCAGAACCCACUGUCUAAAAGUGUGUCUCAUUACGUGCGACUUCCUGUUGACAAUGAAAACUACAAAAUAACAGGACCUGAAGACGACGGUGAUAUCACUUUUGACAUUUUUGAUACUAUACAUCCUUUCGAUUUCGUCACUGAUGGUGAACCAGCCACCAAAGAAUUGGUGUUUUUGGCAAAAGAUUUGCCCCCUCUAGGUGUUAAACUGUACUACGUUGAAAAAAUUGACGACGCUUCAGAUAAAUAUCACAAAUUUGAAGACAUCGCUGAUGUAAAAUCUUUCGGAGAUGACAAGAAAAAUGGUUUCACUAUUGACGAUGACGGUAAACUUGCAUUGGUAACAAUUAACGGGCAAGGGAAAAAGCUGCAACAAGAUUUCCUCUACUACAAAGGAAUGGCCUCUGGUCAAGCUUCCGGUGCUUACAUCUUCAGACCAGAUGGUUCUGCCAUCCCAAUUAACGAAAAACUUACAACUGUGAAGUACGCACAAGGAAGUCUCGUUGACGAAGUGUAUCAAGUUUUUGACGACGAAAUCACACAGAUCAUCAAAGUAUACAAAGGAGAGGAAGAUUCGUAUAUUGAAUUUGACUGGCUAGUGGGUAACCUUCAAGUUGACAGUGAGGGCAAAGAAAUCAUCACGAGAUUCACAAUCACUGAGGCGUUUGAAAACAACGAAAUCUUCUACACUGAUGGAAAUGGUCGCCAACAGAUGAGAAGAAGGCGAAAUAAGAGAAGUGACUACAAUUACGUCUACUCUGAAGAGCCUGUUUCCAGCAACUACUAUCCGGUUACUAAUAGAAUUAUGAUUCGAGACGAAACGAAAAAAUUCGAGCUUGCUGUUUUGACUGACAGACCACAAGGUGGCAGUAGUUUGAAAGAAGGUGUUGUCGAACUAAUGGUUCACCGACGUGACACCAAAGACGAUGGAUUUGGUGUAUCUGAAGUCCUAAAUGAACAACAGUACGGUAAAGGUCUUUACGCAAGAGGUCAACACUACCUUACUUUUGGUGAACUAGAAACAGAAACUUCUCCUGUCACUUUUGAGCGCGAUCUGGCCCGCAGAAAUCUUCUUGCUCCUGUGGUCUUGGUGGGUGAUGCAACUGGAGAUGAUCUCACUCUGGAAAAAGUACAAGCAACAUUUAACUUUAAGUUUGAAGCUCUGUCUAAAUCGCUUGACGACAAUGUCCACAUUUUGACCCUUGAACCCUGGAAAGACAGCUACCUGCUCAGACUGGAACACAUUUUUGAGAAGAACGAAGACGCCACGUUGUCAAAAGAUGCUGUGGUGGAUCUUACGGACCUUUUCACUCAAUUCAAAAUCACAGCGCUUACGCCGGUGAAACUAGGAGCGAUUGGAAAUUUGGAAACUUCUUCGGUUUCUAUUCUGAAACGAGUAGCUCAGGGAUUUAAGCUCAGUAAGGUUGCAGCCGAUUUGCAAGUCACGCUUAAACCAAUGGAGAUUAAAACGUUUGUUUUUACAACUGAUAAAGAAAAUGAGGGUGGACAUGAUACCGGGAUUAUUGAUAAUGGUGAUGAUCCUGAUACGAGUAGUGCACAAGGACUGAGUGCCAUCACACUUCUGACUCUUCUGGUUUCGGUGUUUUAUAGAAUGUUUUAAUAUUUAUUUAUAAUUUAUAAGAUUAUAUAAGUUUUGUCAUUUUUAAAUAUAACUUUUAAUUUA